CAUUGUUCUCGUGCCGGUAGGCGCCGGGGUCCAGGCCACCCGCCUUCUGCUCUAGAGCUCCCGAGCUCCGGCCGUGCUUCUGCUCCGCGCACGAAACUACUCAUCAUGUCCCUGGGAGGAAACUCAGGAAGAAGCUUUUGAAACUUUAAGAUUAGAUGGGGCUUGACUUCUGCUGGGCAACCCCCAGCCAUAGGAAUUCUGCUGAGCAGAGACGAUGACUGCAGAAUUGAGAAAAGCUGUGGCCCUGGCCCACUGGGGCCCAGUGACAGUGAAAAAAGAGGAAGAAGAGGAGGAAGGCUUUGUGGGCCAGGUAUCCAGCCAACAGGUGCGCUCUGAAAACAUCAAAGUCUGGGCUCCUGGGGAAGAUCCUCAGUCAUGCCUCCCUGUGUCAGAACAGGAGGAAAAGGGUCAGAACAUGUUCUGGGACGUGGCUGUAGUCCUGAAACCAACACAAGAGGCACCUGCUGCUUCAGCCCCAGGCAGCUCUUCAUUACCAGGGACUCUGGCCAAGAGUGAGCUCCUGGACACUCAUGGGAACAUGGCCUGUCUAGGUGCUGAAACCAAAAAUCCACAGUUAUUGGUUCCAAAAAUUGAAAUAUGUGAUGAAGCAGAAAAACCCUUCAUCAUUUCAGGAAGAAUCCAGAAAGUUGACCCGCAAGGACCCAAGUUAGGAGAAGCCUGUGAAAAUAAGAACAUGUCAAAGAGGCAAAGAAUAAAGAGGGAGCAGAAAGAUUUUGGACAGGUGACAGUGAAGGACUGUCACCUCCCUGAAAAGCUCAAAGAAGAGGAAGACCAGAAGUGUCCCAAAUCUGAGGAGCGAUACACCCUCAGUUCUGGCUCUGUUAAAAAUCAGAAAAGCCAGCCUGGGCAGAAACCUUUUACAUGUGGUGUGUGUGGGAAAGGCUUUAGCCAGAGUGCAAACCUUGUGGUGCAUCAGCGAAUCCACACUGGGGAGAAACCCUUUGAAUGUCACCAGUGCGGGAAGGCCUUCAUUCAGAGUGCAAACCUUGUUGUGCAUCAGCGAAUCCACACUGGACAGAAACCCUAUGUUUGUUCAAAGUGUGGGAAAGCCUUCACCCAGAGUUCAAACCUGACUGUACAUCAAAAAAUCCACUCCUUAGAGAAAACCUUUAAGUGCAACGAAUGUGAGAAAGCCUUCAGUUACAGCUCACAGCUUGCCCGGCACCAGAAAGUCCACAUCACAGAAAAAUGCUAUGAAUGUAACGAGUGUGGGAAAACAUUUACUCGGAGCUCCAACCUGAUUGUUCACCAGAGAAUCCACACCGGGGAGAAGCCGUUUGCCUGUAAUGACUGUGGCAAAGCCUUCACCCAGAGCGCCAAUCUUAUCGUGCAUCAGCGAAGCCAUACUGGGGAGAAGCCAUAUGAGUGCAAAGAGUGUGGAAAAGCCUUCAGUUGUUUUUCACACCUCAUCGUGCACCAGAGAAUUCACACCGCAGAGAAACCUUAUGACUGCAGCGAGUGUGGAAAGGCCUUCAGUCAGCUCUCAUGCCUUAUUGUGCACCAGAGAAUUCAUAGCGGGGACCUUCCGUAUGUGUGCAAUGAGUGUGGGAAGGCCUUCACGUGCAGCUCGUACCUGCUUAUUCAUCAGAGGAUCCAUAAUGGGGAGAAGCCAUACACAUGCAAUGAGUGUGGCAAGUCAUUCCGGCAGAGGUCGAGCCUCACGGUGCACCAGAGAACCCACACGGGGGAGAAGCCCUAUGAGUGUGCCAAGUGCGGUGCAGCCUUCAUCUCCAACUCACACCUCAUGCGCCACCACAGAACCCACCUCGUGGAGAGCACAUAGAGUACAAGGGAGACCUCCAGGUGCCGAUCCAAACCUCCC